UAUUGAACAAUAACGUUGAACAGGAGCCAAGAAUGAGUAUAGUGGAUCAAUUGAAUGUCUCAGACUUUUCUCAGGUGGCUCAAGACGCUUCGAUUUUGGCAGAUCCAAUAUCGAUAGCCACUAUGGACGUAGAAGGAGACGAAGGAUAUACGUCUUCAUCGGAAUACGAAUACGACACUGAUGAUUCCUUGGAACAUGAAUUGGCCUUGAUCAAUGCACAGCUACAAUGGGAGGAAUCUGUGUCACAGCUGAAGCUGCUGUUGAAUAUUGUAAUACUACCUGUCAUAGGGAAGGCUAUAGGUAGAAAACUAGCUGGGUUCAUAUGGAGAAAGAUGUGGGACCUGUUCUAUUGAAUAGAACAAUAUAUUAAGACAUUAUUUUGCAUCUAUGUGUACAUAGUUCACACCAUCUAAUACAACUUGGUCAAAUGAUACGACG